AUGAUGAUGAUGAUGAUGGGGAAGGUUAGCCCCAAGUUUAAGGUGAGUGGGUCAGUGAGAGAGAAAGAGAAAGAGGGAGAUAGAAAUUGUGAUGAAGAUGAAGAGAAACAAAUUUCAGAAUAAUUUGUUAUAAAAUGUUGGGGCAAAAGUCGAUAGAUACUCAUUUGAAACAUAUGAUCGGAACGCAAGGUUAGUCUUUAAAUUUGGACCUAAUUCACUUUCGUUUGACUUUUUUUUACCGUUAGUUUGAUUUUCACCAUUAAUUGUGUCAAUUGUGUCAAUUAAACAGCGAAUUAGUUUUUAAUUAUCUUUCUCUCUCUCUCUCUAAUAAUUAAUAUAAAAUCUUCUUCACCCUCAAUCAAAAUGGGCGGAAAAAAGCCCAACAUGACGAGAGCUUUAUUAUUAUGUUUCCUAGUCCACAAUUUAGCUGUUAGCUUAGUACAAUCAAAGGAAUACUCAGAUCCAAUUAGUUCUGGAUAUUCAGUGGCUUUACCUUAUUCUUCACCAUCAUCAUCUUCAUCAUCAUCAUCAUCAGCAACUUCUUCAUCAUCAUCUUUAAUUGCUUCAUCAUCUUCUUCAGAUUCAUCACUAUCAUCACCAUCAUCUUCAUCUUCUGGUAUUGAUGAACUUCAAAGUGCUGCUCAAUAUCAAUCACCAACCUACACCAAUGGACCAGGGGUCAAUAGUGUCGCCUCUUCAGUUUAUUCUGGUGUUGAACCAAUGGGUGUUUCUGAUUCACAAAAACAGAAUUACAACAAUUAUGGUUUGAUUCAACAACCACCGCCUCAAUUACAAUACCAAAACCAAUACCAACAACAACAACAACAACCAAUUUAUCAACCAUCAAAUUACGGCGAAAAUCAGAAUCAACAGUAUAACAAUUACGAUCAACCCCAACAACAGCAAUUUAAUUACGGUGAAGGAAGUGGUUACAAUCGAGACAAUUCAAACUCUCAAAACUCUGGCUCUCAAAAUGGCAAUAAGAAAACCGUUAUUCUAGCAAUUCCUGUUAAAUUGGCCUUACAAAUUCCCGAAAAUAAGAAUAAUAAUAAUAAUAAUAAUAAUAAUUAUGAUGAUAAACGCCAGCAAAGUCAAUCCAAUUCCCAAUCAGCUCAAAGUUACUCAAGUGUUGGAAAUAACAAUUCACCAAAUUAUCCACCUCCUCGUGCUUAUGAUGGUAUCAAGGGAGGUUAUAGUGAUAAUGGUGCUAACGAUCAGCAAAAGAACAACGAAUAUCGAGCUCCAGUUUACAAUCCACAAUCAUCUUACGAAAGUUCAAAUUCUCCAUCUCAAAGUUAUUCAUCACCUUCAUCUUCAUCUUCAUCAUCACUAUCCUCAUCUUCAUCCUCUGGUAAAAGUUCAUCAUCUCGAGAUUCAAAUCAAUACGAUUCUCAACAGAAAGAUGAAUAUAAAAACUCUGGAAUCUCAUCUGGAAAUUAUCCUUUUGUCCAAACGAAAGAAUCAAAUCACAAGAGUAAAUCAUCACAAUCGUACGGAGGUCAAUCAGAUUCUAAUUAUGGUUCUAAUAAAGAUUCGAGUAACGAUAAUGAGGGUUUCGAUGAUAAUGAACAACAAAGUUACGAAGGUUCGUCAAAGGGAAGUGAUUCUUACAAAGGAAACAGUUAUAACCAAAACAAAGAUGAUUCUUAUUCAUCUUCUCCUGGUUCAUCUUCCUAUGAUGAUGAUAAUAAUGAUGAAUCUUCAGGCUAUUCAAAAUCUUCGAAAGGUAGUAAAUCAAAAUCAUCUUCAUCAUCCUCAUCACCAUCAUCUUAUUCUGAUGGUGAUCCAGCUAAUUAUGAGAAAUCAAAGGUCAGUGAAUAUCCUUCCCUGACAAGUUCAUACGAUGGCGAUCAAGACGAUUGGCAAUCAGGUUAUUCUGGUGCUCUAAGUUCAGGUAAAAGUGGAACCAAGGGAGGAAAUAAGAAUAUCAAAUUUGACCUUUCCUCUUAUUCCAACGAGGAUUCAAGCGAUGAUUCAGAUUCUAAGCCCGAUACUGCAUCAAUUAAAGCAGCUCUUGCCAAUUAUGGUUCACUUAAGGGUAGCUCAUAUGAUAGUAAUUCCGGUUCCUCUGGAAUUAAAGUAAUCAAUGAUUAUUCAGCUCUUAAAGAUUACGAUGGUUACAAAGAUCUUAGCUCAUUAUCUUUGAAUGGUGGUGGAUCAAAGGAUUACGGUACUUCCUUGAAGGAUCUUUCCUCUCUCAAGGAUUAUACUUCAAUGAACAAAGAUCAGCCCAAGAAAUUUGGUUCUUACGAUGGUUCAGAUUCUCUUGACGAUUAUGAUUCAGGUUCAUCUUCAUCAGGUCACCUUAAUUCUGGUCUAUCAUCAUAUUCAACUGGCUCAGAUUCGUCCAUCUCAUCUUACGAUUCAUCAUCAUCAGGUUUAUCCUCUCUUCGUCCUUCCAAAUUUUCCAUGGACGAUUCUUCUUACAGUUCACUCUCUUCCGGUUCUUCAUAUGGUUCCUCUGGAUCAAAUGAACCAUCAUAUGAUAUCUCAUCCCUUUCCGGUUCCUCUUCAUUAGGUGAAUCUUCAUCAAGUGGAUCAAAUUAUCCAUCAAAUGAUGUCCUCAGCUCAUUGGGUAAAAAUCCGUCAACAUUUACCGUUUCCGAUGCUGUUAAUUUACCUGAAAGUGUUUCAUCUUACUCAGGUUAUUCACCAUCACAAAUGAACUUAUCUCCAUCUUAUGGUUCAUCAGCUGAUGCCGCUGUUGCUGCUUCUGCAGUUGCCGCUGCCACAGCUUCAUCAUCACCUUCAAUUCAAUCCUCAGGCUUACCUCUAUCACCUCUCAAUGGUGAUGGUUAUGGUUCAAGUCCACCUCUCGAUCUCUCCUCUCUCUAUGGAUCCAUGAUGAAAUCAUAUUCCUCUCCCUCCCUGUAUCCCUCACCACCCAGAUCUCCAAUGCCAAUUCCUUACCAUCUACCAGGUCAAAUUCAAAUCCACGCUCUUCACCCUUACCAAAACGGAGCAGCAUUUGCACCAGCACUUCCAGGUCGCCUUCCACCCUACGGAAUAAUGUUCGGUAAACCAAACAACAAACCACCUCCACCACCACCAUCAAAGCAAAGCUCAAAUCCUUGCAGAGGAUUAUCAUCAGUGACAUCACCUCUCGCCCUGUACAAGUGUCUCCAAGGAUUAUCGUCAAUCAGUUCUCCAGGUAAAUUCAGUGCUACUUCACUUCUCAGUUCAUUAUAUUCAUCAGGCUCAUCUCCGGCUAAAUUCAUUCUGAAACCAGGUAAAAGUUCAGGUCUUCUUGGAGGUCUCCGUUUAUCAUCAGCCGCAUCCAAUUUAUCACCAACCAUCUCAGCCCCACCUUCAUCAUCAUCAAGUAAAAAAACCUCAUCAUUUUCAUCCCCAUUCAAAUUAGACAAUAUUUUUGGUCAAGUUUUUAAACUCCUUUGAGUUUAGCAUCCUCAUCACUAAUCAUCUCUCUCUCUCUCUCUCUCUCUCUCUCUCACUCUCUCACUCAUAUAAACGUCAAAUUAAAUCAUUAAUUGAUUUUUAACUUGGUCGAAACAAAAACUUUUUUUCAUUUUGUCUAAUUACAAUUUGCCAAAUUAAAGUAACUAUCAUUUUGGACGCUUAAUUUAAUUGAAUCAAUCUAAUUGUCAAACCAUUGAUUAGAUUGAUUAUUUUGUUAAUCUUUUUGUUUUUUGAACACAAAUUCAAAAUUUAUUAUUCAAUAUUUUGGUUUAAUCAACGACCCACCCUGAAAGUCAAGUUGAUUUAAUUGUUUGUAAACUUUGUUUUCAAAGUUUCAAUUAAAAGUUAAAUCAACUUUACCCCCAAAUAAUCAAAGGUAAUCAAAUCUAAUUGUAACUAUUAAUAUUAUAAAUCGUUGUAAUUAACUUCUGAUAAUAAUAAAAUGAUAUCCAUUCAAAUUUGUUUGCUUCAAC